CAAUGUUAUGCGCUUAUUUAGCAAAAGCUUUAGAUUUCAAUAAAGCCAAAUAACACAACACAUGCCGCAUGCCUUCAAGUCCCGUCGUGCCACUGUCGAACAAGCUUGGAAUCCCUUUGCACAUCCUCCAGAGUACAACACUAAUUCUCCGUCAAAAGGCAGGCCAUGAAGACUGAAAGCGAGGCUCCGAAGACCCCAACGCCCACGCAAACUCACGCUCAAACAUCGUAUACCGCACAAUGGGGUACAGCACGUAUGUGCCGUUGUCCAAACGUCCCCUGCAGUGACCAUUAUUGAAUUUAUAUAAUCUAGAUAUACCAAUUGAUCCUGCACUUCAGCAGCAAUCUCAACAUGCCACGUCAAGCUGUCUCUUUGUUCCUCUCCGUCCGGAUACUCAAUAUAUCCAUCUUAUCCAGAACAACUCCAUAUUCCUACCAGUACACUCACCAUUAUCCUCAAGCCGCAUAUUCGCAUUAUUCAUAUGUUCCACAACAACCCCAAGUACAGAGGCCACAGGCCUCAAUAGCUCCUGCAACAGCAGCAGCUACCCAGCCCGCAAAUGCGAAUAGUGGGAUGGAUACCUCCGACGUGGCAACGUUGAAUGAUGCUCUUGGGAGCGCUGGUGUUGAUCUUCGGGCGGAGGAGGAAAGCCUGCAGAGGUCCCAUGACUCGCAUCAGUCAUAUCGAACCUUCGAAGACAGAUCACGCAAACAACCGACUACUCCUUCCUUCGACACACGCUUCUUGGGUACCACCAUGCGCUCUAUUGGCACGGAACACAAGGUGACAAAAAUCCCCGAAGACUCGGUGAAUUACUUGGCGAUUGCCCUCCGUGCCCGCCUACAAGACCUCGUUACUACGAUGGUUGCCGCAGCGAACCACCGUAUGGACACCCAGUUUGACCGUCCGGCAUGUCCAUAUGAGAACGGCACGCCGAUGUGGAGCAUAGUCGUACAGAGCGAUGUCGCUAAGCAACUAGCUGCAUUGGAAAAGAUUGAGCGAGAGGAAGAGAUGAAAGUUCGAAGAGAACGCAAAGAGCGCGCUGAUAUGGCUGCUGCACAUGCUGCUAACCUCGCCGCGCAAGCGUCAGGCGGCAAUGCCAUGGCCGUAGACGGAGACGAGGAGGGAGGUACGAAGAAAAAGAAGAAAAAAGAAGGACCAGGUGUAACGGCGAGGAAUAUGUCUGAAGAUGUGCGUAAAAAGAUGUCGAACGCUGUCGCAAGUCAGGCUGCUGGAAUUAGUUCGAAAUAUUCAUGGAUGAACGCUGCAAAUGCCUCUACGGCCGCUGCCAAACCGAAGCCUGCAGCAACUUCGACCGCUACAACAAGUACAGCUACCACUACGACCCCUGCGACUACCACAGCUCCUGCAGCGUCAACAGCUCCAGCAACUUCAUGGGCGCGGCCGUAUAUAGGGGGGAAGAAAGGCAGUCCGACAUCACCACAAACAGGAGAGGACGAUGAUCGGAUGUUAAUCACAAUGCGUGAUGCAAUGUUUGCCGUCGAGAAGGAAAGGGGUCAUGGAGGAGGUCGCGGAUCCGCUCGUGGAUGGUCAUAGCCAUUUGUACUUGCUUGUGUUGUUUAGAUCGUCCGUUUCGCUGGUCGCUUGUUUUCAAUGCACCCAUUUCGUGUCUGCACUUGAGCUCAUUUUCAUCUCAAGCAUUAUUUGCAUCACAGUAAUAGGACGGUGCUGGCGCCAUGGCGAAAUCGAAACGAUGAAUGCAGAUUGCCACUUCCGAGAUAUCGUAGCGCGUUUGCGUAUACGAUAACAUUGUUUACAUUGACAGGCAAGCAGGUCACAAGCACAUCUUCCGUCGGACGAUAUUCAUCAGUAUCCCAGUGACAGCUCUGCUCUGGGAUCUGAUGAGUGUUUUCAUUUAGAGGUCCAGGAC